AUGGAAAGAGGAAAGGAGAAAAGGGUUUCCAACACGUUGCAACAGUCUUUCCACCAUUCUAAAGAGCCUACCUUCCUUAUAAACCAAGCUGUUCUAUCUAGUGCAUGCCAUUCUAGCUUUUUGCCAGAAAUAGAGCAUGUCAAUCCUGGUGAAAAAAUAAAGACGGACCCUCAGAAAAAUAGACCUGGAACUGUAAUACUCCUAAAACGGUCCAGUAGGAGGAUUAUGUUGGAAAGUCAGCCCAGCCCCCCUGUGAUUCCAUCCCGCAGGCCCGGGUUCCAGGUGUGCCAUAUCUGUGGCCGAGAAUUUGGGUCCCAAUCGCUUGGCAUUCACAAGCCCCAGUGCUUGGAGAAGUGGCGUACUGAAAACAGCAAGUUGCCCAAGCACCUGAGGAGGCCAGAACCUUCCAAACCACUGCCUCUCAGUGGAAGUGGAUCCUACAAUCUUCAGGCAGCAUUCCAGAGUUCCCAGGCUCAGCUGCUGCCCUGUGAAUCCUGUGGUCGCAAGUUCUUGCCAGAUCGGCUUCUUGUUCAUCAAAGAAGCUGCAAGCCGAAGGGUGAGGGGCCCAGGGCACCAAACCCCAACAGUUCUGAUAAUCUUGCUGCUCUCAAGAAAGCUUCUGGUGGCAUCCCAACCCGACCAAGGGCUCUCAUCUGCUACAUUUGUGGUAGGGAAUUUGGCACUCUGUCCCUUCCUAUACAUCAGCCCAAAUGCCUGGAAAAGUGGAAAAUAGAAAAUGACCAGCUCCCCAGGGAGUUCUGCCAGCCACUACCGCGGAAGCCUCAGCCCCUUCCAACUGGACAGUCCAACCAAGAGGGGCCAAGUCGAGCUCAGCUCGUACCCUGCCCAAAUUGUAGCCGGACCUUUGCCCCUGACAGCUUUCUGGUACACCAGAGAAGUUGUACAGCUCAACUUAGUGGGCCAAAAGUUCAGGAUUUGACAUUAUGGACUAAAGGUGGCCUCAAAGAGUCCACUAAUUCCAAGCAGCAAAGGAACAUGGCAGUACCCACUGUGACUGAUAAGCCAACAAUGAUAAGGCAUCCACCAAGAGUUGUUUGCUACAUCUGUGGUCGUGAAUAUGGAACAAAAUCAAUUUUCAUCCAUGAGCCACAAUGUCUGAAAAAAUGGCAUAUUGAAAACAACUUGUUGCCUAAAGAGCUAAGGAGACCAGAACCGAAAAAGCCAGAAGUCAGGACCAUUACUGCCAAGGGUUUCUAUGAUCUUGAUGCCUUAAACGAAGCUGCUUGGACAAGUGCCCAGAGCCAGUUGGUUCCCUGUAAUAUUUGUGGGCGUACCUUCCUGCCAGACAGACUGAUUGUUCACCAACGAUCCUGUAAACCAAAAGUCGCCAAGUAA